AUGCUGGACAUUCGGAGGUAUGACAUUUAUCGGAAGGUACCAAAGGAUCUCACACAACCAACAACAGCGGGUGCAGUCAUCUCUAUCCUAUGUGUGGCAUUCAUCACGUUUAUGAUCUUUAAUGACAUUCUAGCCUAUAUUUUCAUUGACUUAAGGAGCGAAUUCUUCAUCGACGACCCAGGAAGAGAGGGUAAAAUUGAUGUUCAAGUGAAUGUUUCAUUUCCCCACAUGGCUUGUGAUUAUAUCGGAGUUGACAUCCAAGACGAAAACGGACGACAUGAGGUCGGAUUCAUUGACCACACCAACAAAGUACCAGUGGGAGAUGGAGGAUGUCGGUUUGAAAGCCGAUUCGAGAUUAAUAAAGUGCCCGGUAACUUCCAUCUCUCGACGCACUCGGCUACCACGCAACCCGACGGAUAUGACAUGAGACAUAUUAUUCACUCCAUCAAGUUUGGAGAUGAUGUUUCGCACAAAAAUCUCAAAGGAAGUUUCGACCCUCUUGCCAACCGUGAGGCCAAAGAAAGCGGCCUCAACACUCACGAAUACAUUCUCAAAAUCGUUCCAUCUGUUCACGAAGACUACUCCGGAAAUAUUCUAAACAGCUACCAAUACACCUACGGCCACAAAUCCUACGUCACCUAUCACCAUUCCGGAAAAAUCAUCCCAGCCGUGUGGUUCAAAUACGAAUUGCAACCGAUCACCCUAAAGCAAACUGAACAUCGCCAGUCGUUUUAUAUUUUCCUGACCUCGAUUUGCGCUGUCGUCGGUGGAACAUUCACGGUGGCUGGAAUCAUUGACUCGACAUUCUUCACAAUAUCCGAAAUGGUGAAGAAACAACAAAUGGGAAAAUUGACCUGA